CUUGACCUGUGACUUGGAAGGACCGGAGAACUCUUGUUUGUUCUUGGUCCCUUUCCUCACGCGUCUUAACCUCUUUACGGAAGUCUUGUUAUUAUAAGCAUUACUUUUUUGUGCAUCGAAUUAUUCAUUAUUUUUCACUGAUUCAUUUUAUGUUCAAAUUUGAUUAUUUCUGCUUUGAAGUGAGAUAAUAUAAAAUGAAGGAAUUGAUUAUGACACUUCUAUUGUUUUCGGCCGUUCUGGGGAAUGCACACCCUCCCCGCCCUCACCCUAGGCUUCCCUCGCUAAGUCAGCAAUAUCUCAAUGUCGCAGAGUAUCCUUUCUCCAAGAUCGUUGGUGUGUUUCGUAUCGUGGACGGCGACUCUUGUAGAUGUGUCCCUCGGUCCCGUCCCUGUCCAGUCGAGAUUAUGGAGGAUUCAGUCUUCAAGGAGAGGGGAUUCCCUUGCCCCUUCCUGACGCGGUACUGCUGUCAGCGGGAGACACUCAUCGACCUGUCAGGGGCUAUCGACAGGACCCUAAAAUCGACCGACCACCAGAACCGAAACUCAACAGCUGGUGACGUCGAUAGGAAAAGGCCGACUCAUCUGGUCGCUUCGAAUUCGAGGAUAUCGACCGAGAAGAGAAAUAAUAAUAGUAAACAAGCGGUUUCGCAAUCGACAGACGGGUCCAAAUCACCAAUUUCAAACGUUCCAAGUGUUUCGGAUGUUUCUGAUGCUAUAAACGUCACGCAGGUUUCAGUCGUUCCCGAUGCUUCAGAAACCUCGAUCCUGACUCGUUCCACCGUCGAGAAUAAGGCCUCGAGAAAUAGCGGCGGCCGAGCGCGACCGAAGGCUUGCUCAUGCACGACCCGCGAUCAGUGCCUCGAUUGGUGGUCGGAGCUGGACGACCCCCCCGAGGUCAAGGUGAGGACGAGCCUGCGCUGCGAGGUGCCAGGUCAGGUCACGUGCUGCUUCGGCCGCAUCGUGCUCCCCCGCCACCAUAAAUCACGUGACCCGACGCGUUCCGGACACGACAUGCGUCAUCCCUUAAUGACAAGAUGGCGGCCGCUUGCGAAUGCGUGGAAGAAUAUAAUUUCGUGGUUUAACGGAUGAGUGAAGGUGGUAGUGAAGA